AUGGAGCUUCCGGUAGUGGAAAAACGGAAUGAGCAACAGUUUCUGCUCGCAUCCAUGUCUCAGCUUUCACAUUCGCCUUCAGUUUCUACUUCUUCGCCGGUUUUAGCUCGGUUCCGCAUCGGUUGCGGAGUUGCAGAACUAGUACUAAGCGGAGAAUCCGAACCGAAUAAAGCUGUUGCUGUGUUUGAUCUUCGGAGCUCUAAGCUAUUUAAGCUCAGUCCUGUUCAAUCACUCUGCAUAUCUCAGACAUCUGAAUCAAAUACAGAGCAAACUUGUUCAAGGGGAAUCACCAUUCAGUAUAAAACAGAAGAGGAAAGUAGGGCCUUCCAUAGUGCAUUUGAGGAAUGGAAAACGCCAUUGGCUUUACAAGGAACAGAUUUGCCAAAUGGAACUGUGUCAACUCCGAAAAGCAAAUUCGAAGAAAAAGUUGAGGCAUCUUCUGCCAAAAUGUAUUUUGAUUACUAUGGACAAUUAUUGCAUCAGCAGAAUAUGAUGCAGGACUUUGUGAGGACAGGAACCUAUUAUGCUGCAGUAAUUGAGAAUCGCAAUGAUUUUCAUGGUCGGGUAGUAGUUGAUGUUGGUGCUGGUAGUGGCAUUUUGUCAUUGUUUGCUGCUCAGGCUGGUGCAAAACAUGUUUAUGCUGUGGAGGCAUCUGAAAUGGCAGAAUAUGCAAGAAAACUAGUUGCUGGGAAUCCAUUACUGGCUGAAAGAAUCACAGUAAUAAAGGGAAAGGUUGAAGAUGUUGAGUUACCCGAGAAAGCUGAUAUAUUGAUAUCUGAACCAAUGGGCACUUUACUUGUUAAUGAAAGAAUGCUAGAGUCUUAUGUGAUUGCAAGAGAUCGAUUUCUUGUUCCAGGUGGAAAAAUGUUUCCUACAGAGGGGAGAAUACAUAUGGCACCAUUCAGUGAUGAAUAUUUAUAUUUGGAAAUGGCUAAUAAGGCUGUAUUUUGGCAGCAAGAAAACUACUUUGGGGUCAAUUUAUCACCCUUACAGGGAUCUGCAUACGUAGGAUACUUUGCACAGCCUGUAGUUGAUGCUUUUGAUCCAAGGUUAUUGGUAGCUCCUGCCAUAUCUCAUUCGAUAGACUUCGCUUCAAUAAAGGAAGAAGAACUAUAUGAAAUUGACAUUCCAUUGAGAUUCAUAUCUUCUGUAAGCACUAGAAUUCAUGGGUUAGCUUGCUGGUUUGAUGUAUUAUUUAAUGGGAGCACUGUACCAAGGUGGCUGACCACUGCUCCAGGUGCACCCACAACGCACUGGUACCAGCUCCGCUGUGUCCUUGCUCAACCACUUUAUGUCAUGCCAGGACAGGAGAUAACCGGGCGAAUUCACCUGGUUGCCCACGAGGCUCAGAGUUAUACGAUUUAUCUAACAUUAUCAGCUGUUGUUGGAGAGAUGCUUCAUACGUCAUUUGGCAAACUUGAUCUCAAAUCGCCAUACUACCGGAUGUCCCAAUCACAGGCAUAUCCCGUGACACAAGAUCAACAACCUGAUCAGCCCUUACAAACACAGGAUACCUGAAUACAAUUACAAGAAGACAACUGUCUGAUGCAGCAGCUGUCACCAAAUUCCAGUGGUGAUCUACAAUAUCACAGCCAGAAAUGAUGUGAAAUCAUAGAGAUUUAUGUUUCUGUACGGAAGUACUCGUAUCUAUUAACAAUUUAACAUUCAUAUUGAUUGGCUAGUAUGAUUUCAUAUCUGUACUAUUAUGGUUGGUUUGUAAAUUUUCUGAAGUAGUACUAUCGAUCUCAUCAUUGUUGGACUAGUCUAAUUCAGCAACAAGGUGAUUCUUUGAAAUAAGUUUGAAUUGCAAA